GACACUUUUCAUGCUGCGUAGUUUCACGGAGAUUAGCACCGCCCAUUUCCAGCUGGAGAGAAAAAUCAGAACAAUUUAUAUUCAAUAAGAAAUGGCUACAGACGCCAGCGAAGUUCGAAAACAGCACCGCUUUGAUGAGGAACGUCUUCAUGAAUACUUGAAGGAGAAUGUCGUGGACUUUCCUCAAGGAUCAUCAAAGAUUGAAGUCCUUCAAUAUAGGUCAGGUCAGUCCAACCCGACCUUUUAUCUGAAGAAAGAUGGGAGAGAAUUAGUGAUGAGGAAGAAACCCCCCGGACAGCUUCUGAGGGGAGCUCAUCAGGUUGGUAGAGAAUUUCGAAUUCAAAAGGCGUUGUUCAGUGCUGGUUUCCCAGUCCCGAAGCCGAUUGCUCACUGUGAAGAUGUCUCUGUUAUUGGCACAGAGUUUUAUAUCAUGGAACAUGUUAGGGGUCGUAUCUUCCGUGACAUUGCCUUGCCUGAGCUGUCGCCUGGAGAGAGGAAGGAUAUCUACUUUGCUAUGAUCAACACCUUAGCUCAUCUGCAUAGUCUUGACUUCAAGAAGCUUGGUGUCCAAGGCUUUGGGAAAGAGGGAGGCUUCUGUAGGAGACAGAUCAACACAUGGACAAAGCAGUUCCAAGGGGCAAUGAAGAUAGCCUCUUUGCCAGAAGUCCCAUCUGCUACAGAGCUCUUCCAGUGGCUGCCCAACAAUAUCCCAAGGAAUACAGAGAGGACUACCAUUGUUCAUGGAGAUUACAGGCUUGAGAAUAUGAUCUUUCAUCCUACAAAGCCUGUGGUAAUUGCAGUACUUGACUGGGAGCUUUCAACCUUGGGUGAUCCUCUGACUGAUCUGGCAUAUAAUUGUGCUGCCUACUAUUGGCCUGAAAACAUGGACAACGCGAUGGGCAACCCUUUAGCUGGAGGCAGCAAUGCUCCUGUGAGUUCUGUACCAGGAAUACCAAGCAAGGAAGAUUACAUGAAGGUCUACUGCACCCGUUUAGGUGUACCUUACCCUAUCCAGGACUGGCAGUUCUAUUUGGCUUUGGCUUACUUCAGGGCAGCAUCUAUUUGUGAAGGUGUGUAUGCUAGGUCAAAACUUGGUAAUGCAAGCUCUGAAACGGCUGAGACUAGAGGAGCUGCAGCAAAGCUUCUUUCUGAUGCUAGUCUGCAUAUAGCUAAAGGAUCGACAUCAAAUGCCAAGAGACCAUUGACAAGUUCUUUAAUUGAAGACAUCUCCCCAGCUCUUGCCAUGCAGCCAUUGUCUGAUAGAGGGAGGGACCUACUGCAAAAGGUCACCGACUUCGUCAAGAAGGAGAUCAUCCCUGCAGAACCGAUAUUUGAACAUCACAUAAAAACAGCCAAGGACCCAUGGACGAUCCCACCCAUAAUGGAGGAACUUAAGGCCAAGGCUAAAUCAGCAGGGUUAUGGAACCUUUUUCUACCAUCCGAAUCUGGUUUAACCCAGUUGGAGUAUGCAUACAUGGCCGAGCAGAUGGGAAGAUCUCCCAUAGGACCAGAACCGUUCAACUGUGCUGCCCCAGAUACCGGUAACAUGGAGGUCCUGCACCUGUAUGGCACUCCUGAGCAGAAGGAGAGGUGGUUACGUCCUUUACUAGAGGGUCGUAUCAGAUCAUGCUACUGUAUGACUGAACCCGACGUUGCCUCUAGUGAUGCUACUAACAUGGAAUGCACCUUCACCAGAGAAGGAGAUGAGUAUGUCAUCAAUGGAAAGAAGUGGUGGAGCAGCGGUGCUGGUGACCCAAGGUUAGGUGUUGCCAUAGUUAUGGGUCGAACUGGAAAUAAAGAUUCUCCUACGCAUAAGCAACAUAGUAUGAUCAUCGUUCCAACUGAUGCUCCAGGGUUUAUCAAAGUGAGGCCUCUAUCGGUAUUUGGGAACGUAGAUGCUCCCCAUGGACAUUUUGAAGUGAGAUUUGACAAUGUUAGAGUGCCUGCCUCCAAUAUCAUUUUAGGUGAAGGAAGAGGAUUUGAGAUUGCUCAGGGUAGAUUAGGACCAGGGAGAAUACACCAUUGCAUGAGAUUACUAGGUAUGGCUGAGAGGUCGCUAGAGCUCAUGUGCAAGAGAGCAGAGGAGAGGGUGGCAUUUGGGAGGAAACUCAACAGAAUGCAAGUGGUUCAGCACCAGAUUGCAGAAAGUCGUAUUGAGAUAGACAUGGCUAGACUGCUGGUCUUGAAGGCAGCUAAUAUGCAUGACAAAUAUGGAUCCAAGAAAGCAAGAAAAGAGAUUGCCAUGAUCAAGAUCGUUGUACCUCGAAUGGCAUGCCAGGUUAUAGACAGGGCCAUCCAGGUUCACGGCGGUGGCGGUGUGUGCGAUGAUUUCCCUCUAGCAAGGUACUAUACUGGGGCUCGGUCUCUGCGAAUUGCCGAUGGUCCUGAUGAGGUUCAUCUCUCCUCAGUGGCCAAGAUGGAGCUCAAGGAACAAUUCCAGAAGUCAAUGCUUUGAACAGAAGCAGUUUCUGCUGAGAUGAAUGAGAGCUGCUGCGUUCCAGCGUCCCAUUGCAGAAAAGUUACCAUUAUGGUAAAUUUGCCAUCUAAGGGUACUACUGUGGUAACAAUGCUCAACAGCCAAUCAGAAUCAAGGAUUCCUUGCAAGUACCAUUGGAUGGCAGAGUUACCAUUAUGGUACCUUUGCCAUCAAAUGGUAACUUUCAUGGAAUCCUUGAUUUCGAUUGGCUGUUGAUCAUCAUUUCCAUUGGAUGGAAUCCUUGAUUUUGAUUGGCUGUUGAUCAGCGCUGCCAUUAUGGUAAUUUAUAUGCAAUGGGGCCCGGAGCAGGUUAUCGAUUCAAGUAUUAUUAUCCAUAUCUGCAGUUUAUUUAUAAUGUAUUAAUCUGGGUGAUUAAUGGCUGUAAACUGCUUCUGGAAAAAAAUGAAUCCAAAGAGCUGCCCGUUACCAAAUUUUUUACUGCUGUGACAUUUAUUGAAUGGACAGAAUUAUGAUAAAACAUGUGCUGAUAAAUCAUGAAAUAUAAAUAGUACAUUAGGAAUCCCAUACAUGUAUUUGCAUUUUGAAUCUCCAAGAUCUUGGGAGAAAACUCAAUAUUUUACAAAAUUUCAUUCACUUUAUUAAAAAAAGAAGUGUUGCACCUGAUUAAAAAUUGUAAUCUUGCCAAGAUAUGAAUUCACUGCUCAACACUACUGUGUUAGAAAUUAAACGUAACAAUUUUUUUUAAUGUUGUGAAUUCAAUUCCAUGCAUAUUAGUAUUAAUGCACCACAAUUAUGUGUAUAUAGUUCAACAUUGAGUACUUUAAUGAUGAAUUCAAGAAAAUGAUUUAAAUACAUCUACGUCCUUCAGUUCAUUCACCCCCCCCCCAACAUGUACCUGCGUAAUUUCAUUUUUAUAUACAUUCCCGUGACAUCCUUUCAUACUUGUGUUAUAUAAUAGGUAAACACAUGAUAAUGAUACAUUCGCAGCCAUCAAGCGCUGAGAUACAUUGUAACUUUUUGUGUUGAGUGCCAUAUUAAUGUUAGAAAUCAUUAAACCAAAUCUUAAAGAAUGCUUUCAUCUUACAAUAUAUCAACUGUAGCUUCAGGCCUGAACUUAUUUGACUCAAACCAAAUUUGUUCUUGUUGUUGUAAUGAUUGUUUUAUACCCUUAUACAAUAUUCUCUUGCUUUUGUGUAUUGGCUUUUGUAUCAUCUUUAAGCACCAUAAAGCUACAAGGGGAAACAUGUGGGCUACAAAAUAACAACUCUGAUUUCAACUAUUAUCAAAUCAUUGCCUUUAGGAGAAUCUAGAAUGUUGCUCUAAUUCUUAUUUUGUACUACACGAUUUGUAUGUUUUAUA